AUGUUUUAUGAGGAUGCACAACGUCAUUUACCUUUUGAUCGUGUACAAUCAUCUAAAACAUCAUCAUCAUCAUUGUCAAAUGAUCCUUUACAUAAUUGGCUUUUUAUUAUUGGUUUAGUUACAAGUGUUUUAUUUGUAUUAUUAUUGUGUAUUCAAUGUAUUCUUAAAAUAUGUCGUCAUUAUCGAAGUAUUGAUUGUAAAAAACAAACUCCAAUCUCUCGUAUAAACUCUUCUCGACAAAGUUUACCAUAUAUUGAUAAUAACUCUAAUCGUUUAAACUAUAGAAAAAUUCAAUGUAGUAAAUCAACGAAUUCUACACAGCAGAUAUUAAAUAAAUAUUCAAAUCAUAAGCGAAUUCAGAAUAUUAAUCAUUCAAUUUCCCACCCAGAUCAAGUUUCACUUAUACCAGUACAUGUUGUAUGA